CGUCUUCCUUCCCAGGGCCAGCGAGAGCUUCGUUGUUCCGGCGGGCAGUUGCAAGCAAACAACUGCCGCGCGCAUAACGCGCCAUUGAGGUAACUGGCUAGUGCUAGUCUCCCACCCUUUGCACGGCAGCUUGCUAGCUAGCAAGCUACAUACCUCGGGCGCGCGCGGCAUGGCGAGGCGGACGAGCGGCCCCAAGAAGAAGCUGAGGAGGGGCCUCUGGUCGCCGGAGGAGGACGAUAAGCUCGUCAACCACAUUGCCAAGUAUGGCCACGGCUGCUGGAGUUCCGUCCCCAAGCUAGCAGGUCUAGAGAGGUGUGGGAAGAGCUGCAGGCUGAGGUGGAUCAACUACCUCAGGCCGGACCUCAAGAGGGGAGCGUUCUCGCAGGAAGAGGAGGACCUCAUCAUCCAUCUCCAUUCCAUGAUGGGCAACAAGUGGUCUCAGAUUGCUUCGCAGCUGCCGGGGCGGACGGACAACGAGGUGAAGAACUUCUGGAACUCGUACGUCAAGAAGAAGCUCCGGCAGCGCGGGAUCGACCCGGCCACGCACAAGCCGCUCCCGCUGGCCGCCGAGGGCAUCAGCAGCCGCACGGCGGUGUUCAGCGACGCCGAGCUCAUCCUGUCGUCGUCGGCGGCGGCGGCGGCGGCGGGGCGGCACAUGCCGCCACCGCCAGUGGCGGCAUCGGCGGCGGAGAGCUACGUGUACAGCUACAGCCACAGCAGUGGCGGCGCGAGCGACGGCUCUCUGCAGUCGCUGUCGGGGUACAACAGCAACAGCAAGCAAACAGCUGCGGAUCACUUGGGUGCCGCAGCCGCAGCGGGGUACCUGCAGCAGGAGCAGGACCCAGCAGCAGCAGCAGCAGCAGCCGACGCGCUGCACUGCGGACCCUCCGGUGCCCCGGCGGUCGUUCUCCCGUCGGUGUCCAGCUCCAGCACGCUGAACUCGAUGGCUGGCCUAAGCCCCGCGGCCACCACCACCGACGAACAGUGCACCAACAACUGUAGCAGCUGCAGCUUCCACAGCGGGUUGGAGCCGUGGCUGGAGCUGGGCAGCACGAGCGGCUACUACGGCGCGGCGCUGGACGAGCUCAAGUGGUCCGACUACGUGUUCGACGGCGGCUACGGUGGCCAGCCGGGACAGGGCAUCUACGGCGACAGCAAGGACGCCGUGCAGUUCGUGGACGCCAACGCGCUCAGCAGCAGCAGUUGGUGCUUGAAUUGAUCCCCGUCGGUCGAUCCCAACGCGCUCGGCGGCGAGCAAUUAACUAAUCGGCCGGCCGCCAAUUCCAACUCCAUCUCCAGCACAGCAGAGACACACACUGAUACACGUGUGCAUGUGUUCCUACGUGCCUACCUACGAGGCUACGACUACGAUUGAUUGGUUGAUUGGUGAUACAUAAAGUAGCUCAUACAUGUUUGCAUUGGUGAGCUUCUUGUUUGUAAAUUCAAUUUUCGUCUUCUUUCGGAUUGGAUUACAGGGUUUGUUAAUUUUCCGGCGCGGUCGGUCGACAUGUAGAGAGUGCAUAUGGUGACGGUGAUUGGGGAGUGACGAGACAUACAUGUAAUGGAACAUAUAUAUAGAGAGAGAGAUUACAUAUAUAAUAAUAAUACAUAUUUAUUAUAUUUAUAC